AUGUUACUGCCAUUUUACGUAAACUUUCUUACCUUUCUUACGUUGCUGUUACUCAUAUCAACCUCUGAAAGCCGUAUUCGACGAGCAGUGACAUCAGACAGGGAGCGGCUUUGGGAAGGUGGAGUUAUACCUUAUUCUAUCAACAAUACCUACGAUGGUAAGUACUAUUUGUUUUAUUACUAUUAGGUUGUUCAAAUAAUUCUGAGCUUGUCUCCAAACCAGUUUUUGGGAGUUAUGGGGCUCAGAAUUACUCGAAUAAGCUAAUGUAACAAGAUCUUGGCUAACAAGGUCAGGCUAGCCUUAAAUUAUGAUUUUUUAAAAAAUUUUGCGUUCAAACUAAAAUUUUUUUAAAACUUGAAAACAAUUUUUUAAAACAAAAAAUCAUUCUCUCUAACAUUUCCAGUAUCCUAGGACCGUACAAACGUUUGUUCCAUGCCGCCAUGUUACAUUGGAUGGAGCGGACAUGUAUAACAUUCCAACCAUACGACAACAAAGUUCACAAGGAUUACAUAUGGUUCACACCGGAUAAGUGCGGGUAGGCUAUGUUUGUUCAGUUUGUUGUAGGGUUUUGCCAGGAUAAUGGAUAAGGCAAGGUAGUGUUGAAGAGAAUACAGUAGAAUAGGGUCAGAUACGGUAAAGUAAGGUGGGAUAUCAUAGUCCAGGGCUGAUUAGAGUAGGAUAAAGAAAGAUGGAGAAGUGGACUAGGAUAUACCUUAACUUUUUCAAAAAGUUUUAGGCAGGGAGGGUAGGGUAGGGCAGGAUAAAAUACAUUGCGUCCUGUUUAGUGUAAAAAUGUUAUGGCACAUUUAAAAAUAUUUUGUUAUUUUUUUUGGAAUAGGGUUACCUACAAAGAUUAAUCACUAUACUAAAGCAAAACGUCGUAAAUAUGUAAAAUACGAAACAAUACGUUAAAACCUCUCUAGUUUCUAAAAUAAAAUAAAAAUUUUUUUUAUUCUCCAAAAAGUUAUGGCAUUUUUAAUUUUUGGCUGGAAAAAUGUCGUUACCUAUAAAUUCCUAGACGUUGUGCCUUUAUAAAUGAAAUAAAAUUCUAAAAAUUUAUUUAGUAAAAUUAAAAAUACUUCAUUUUCUAAUAAAAACUAAAUACCAACCAUUUCCAACAAUAAUUCAAAAAGUUACGUCACAUUUGCGAUAUUGUUGUAGGUGCUGUUCGCACGUUGGUCGAAAAGGUGGUGGAGCUCAAAUAAUAUCAAUUGGAGAGCGUUGUGACAAACUGGGUAUUGUGGUGCAUGAAAUUGGUCAUGUUGUCGGCUUUUGGCACGAGCAUACACGGCCUGAUCGAGAUGAUUUCGUCGAUAUUAUCCAUGACAACAUCUUGACAGGUAGGUAUUGAUGUUUUUUAGUUAUUACGGGUUUUUUGGAAGAAUUUUGAAAUGGUGUAGGUAUUGGUGGGUAGCGUAGUUUAUGAUGAAGAUUUUGCAGUAUAUUUGGGUGUGGUAAAACUGGUUUAAGUUUAAUAUGACUGAUUUUAAGCCGACAUGUCGCUAAAUAUUGGUGUAUUAGCCUCUUUUUUAGCCGAUUUGUCUUGUUUUAAGCCAUUUUUUAAUUCGAUAUUAAGCAAAAACUAGUCAAAAAUAAACAAAAAAUAAUUUAAAAUUUAAAAAAUUAAAAUUAAAAACGGAUUUCCAGGCCAACACUAUAAUUUUGAUAAAGCAAAAUCCUCGGAAAUCAAUUCUCUGCACGAAACUUACGAUUAUCACUCGAUUAUGCACUACUCAAGAGACACCUUUUCGAUCAACAAGGGAGUUGACACCAUCAGGCCAAAAGGCAUUUAUAGCCACAAAAUAGCACCAUUCAUUGGACAAAGAGUGGAGCUGAGUCGAGGAGACAUCCGACAAGCUAACAAGCUUUAUCAGUGUCCAAGUAGGUUUAAAUUGGGCGGUGUUUGGAAGUUUUUGUUGGGUAGGGUUAGGUAGGGUAAGUUUGUAAGGUAGGGUAGGGUUGGAUGAGGUUGGGUAAGAGUUUGUAGAGUAUAGUAAGGUAGGGUAUCGAGUAAGGAUGACCAGAAUAUAUAUAGCAAUGGUUGGGAAGGGAAUGUCAAGAGUAAAGUGGGGCAUAGCAGGGUCAUGUUAGAUAGGGCUUGGGUGGAGCAUGGCUAAGGUAGGGUAGGGCGGGUAUUAGCUAUUACGGUUGGGGUGGUGACAAGGGUAGGGUAAGAGUAAGAUAUUGUAGGGUCGGGUAGGGUUGGGUAGGGUAGGGUAGGGUAGGGUAGGGUAGGGUAGGGUAGGGUAGGGUAGGGUAGGGUAGGGUAGGGUAAGGUAGGGUAGGGUAGGGUAAGGUAGGGUAGGGUAGGGUAUUCAUAAAUCUAAUAAUGGCUAAUUUCAGAAUGUUUUCAAACAUUCUCAUCGUCAACCGCCACCUUCUCUACCCAACCCUACUGUACUGACUUUAUAUGGCGUGUAAUAGCAUCAGAAGGUCAGCACAUACAAUUAUUGUUGAAUCUAUCACAAAUACUGUCAAAUACGGUCAAUUGUCAUCAAAAUACGAUUGAGUUGCUGAAGAUACGAAAGGGUGGUAGCCUGAAAUCACCAAUUUUGAAACAAUACUGCGAUGGAAGUGAAGGAAUGGUCAGUUUUACAGUAUACACUGCUACAGUAUUGUUGGAACUGAGGGUGGUUCGUAGGAUGGAUAAGGUGGAUUUCGGAGAGUUUAAAGGUAAUUUUAUGACAAGCUUGUUUUGACUUGUUUUUUUAAAUUAGCAAAGAUCCGGGGGGGGUGGACAGUUUUUUACCUCUACCCUUACCUCUACUCCUAAUCCAAAUCUUACUCUUGCGACUACUUUAAUUUCUUACUUUUCCCUCCCCUAAAAUUACCCCGCUCCCUACUUAAAAUUAGCUUGUUUUUUACCCCUACUCCUACCUUGACCUCUAUUCUUCUGUUAACUUGAACAUUACUUCUACUCCCGUUAAUUUAAAAUUACCCCGCCCACUAAUAAAUCUAAACUUGUUUUUAGUUGAAUGUGGAGGACUGAUUGAAGCAUCAAAAGGCCUGCUAGAAUCACCAAACUGGCCUAAUUUAUACGAUGGAAAUACGACUUGUGUUUGGGUGAUCAGGGUGCCUUCUGGCUACCGGGUCUCGGUCAAGUUUCACUAUUUUCAAUUAAGUUUUUUCUUUUUGAUACGCCCUUACCUUGAGUAAGGGUAGGGUUAGAGGUAAACCUUAAUAUAUAAAAACAUUUAGGUAGAACCCCAGAAAGACUGCCUAUACGACCGGUUGGAAAUACAAGAGACCUAUAGCAACAAAUCUGACGUUUUGGCCAGUUUAUGUGGAACGGAACUACCAUCAGAGAUUACCACAAAGUACUCAAAUGAAAUGGUUGUGCGGCUGAUAACUGACCGGUCGAUUCAAAAACAUGGGUUUCAGUUGGAGUUUGUUAAAGGUACAACGUUUUUCUUCUUGGUUCUGUAUAGUACUAAAUAGACUAAAACUAGUAAAACAUGGUACGUUUGGUAUAGUUCAGUAGAAUUAGCACUAUGUAGUACAAUAUAGUUUGUCUGGUACUAUAUAGUACCAUGUAAACUACAUAGUACUACAUGGUAUUACAAUAUACUACUAGUAUUGGGACGUGGUACCCUCGGUACCAAUAUAUCAAAAUUUGGUACUGCAUAUUACAAGAAGGUACUUAUUGUGUUAUAUAGCUUUAUUGUUUCUUGAUAUCACCCGUAGUACUGCAUAGGACUCUGAGUAUCGAUGUAGUACUGUAUAGUACAUUCACUAUUUACAUAGUACUGCCUGUAACUAGUACUGGUUUACAGUACUAAUACACAAAUUUUCAGAAAUUGAUGAAUGCCUAUCUGGAGCUAAUAAAUGCGACCAAAUUUGCAUAAAUCAGAUUGGAGGAUACGUUUGUCAAUGUUAUAAUGGCUACAAGCUGCACGAUGAUAGAUACUCUUGCACAGAAACCUGUGGAGGUGUAAUCACUGCUUUUUCUGGUGUUAUUACAAGUCCUAAUUGGCCUGUGGUUUAUGAAGCUAAUAUGAAAUGUAUUUGGGAAUUGAGAGCGCCUGAGGGAUAUCAGGUAGGAAUUUUUUAUAUUUGGUGCUUUGCCCUACCCUACCCUACCCUACCCUACCCUAUCAUACUGUGGCCGGCUCUACUCUAUUCUAGCCUGCUUUGCCGUGACCCGCUUCGUCCUAUCCCAUAUUAACGUCGUGUAAUGCUACCUACCCUACGCUAUCAUAAAUUGUCAUACUCUAAUCUACCCUGGCUUUUUUUGUCUUGUACUGCCCUAUCUUAUCAUACUCUCCUUACUCUACCCUAUUACUGCUUUUAUGUAUUCUGCCUCGCCUUACAAUAUCCAAGUUUACUUUUAUCAUUACCUUACUCUUCACUACAUACCUUACCUUCUAAUUCCACCGGUACUCUCACGGCCAAAUUUUUUUUUCAUUUUUUUAAAGCUUUUAAAAAUUAAAAAAUGCCAUUUUCAGAUAUUUCUUUCCAUCCACAAUUACUCGAUUGAAGGUCUGAACUCGGAAUGUACCUACGAUUACUUGAAGAUUAGUAAUAUUGACAUAGCUGGAAAUCAGACGUUUAUAAAACUGUGUGGAGAUGAGACUUCUACUCUACAGUUUAAAUCAUCUAUAAGUAAGACUAAAUUGUCCACACUGUAUUUUACAUCAAAAAGUGAUACGAAAUACAGAAUUAUGGGGAAUUAUGAUGACAUAUUGCCAUCUACAGUACUUCAAAACGAUGGAGCUUUGGAUACAGUAGAUCUUAGAGACAGGUCUUCAAAUACAGUAUACCAAAAUAACAUACUUCACUCUACAGUACCCCAAAAUGUCAUACCUUACUCUACUGUAAACCAAAAUGAAAAUUUAUCAGUUACAGUACUUCAAAAUGGCCUACCAGCUUCUACAGUAAUCCAAACAGACGAACCAUACCCUACAGUACCCCAAAGUAAUCGGCAUACACCUACCGUAACCGAAAAUGAUCAAAUUCUUCUUACUGUAGCUAAGAAGCACGUAAUCUUUCCUACCGUAACCCAAGUCGACCAACCAACAUCUACAGUAAUCCUGGAAUUCAACUCAGACUCUUCAAUGCAAAAACAAGGCUUCUACCUCAACUUUACAUUCGAUGUAAAUGAGUGUAUGACAGGAAGGUGCUCACAUAACUGUGAGAACCUGCUAUCUACAUUUAGAUGCACCUGCCCUGCAAAUAUGGUACUAACCGAGGAUGGGUUGACAUGUAGGGAAGAGAAGUGUACUGUAGAAAUUAAUGAAGCUUUUGGAGUUAUUAAUAGUAACGAACAGUUGGGUCGUAUGUUUGGAGGAGAAUGUACAUACCAUUUGAUUACUAUGCCUGGUCAUCAGUUGGUUUUGGUAAGCUUUACUUUACUCUACCCUACCAUACCAUGUCUUACCCUACUCUGCUCUACUCUAUCCUACCAUACCUUUUUUUUCAGAAAUUUGACUACUUCAACAUAGGAACACCUACAAAUUGCGGCAAAGACCAUAUUGAUGUAUAUGAUGGAGCUGAUAAAUUGUUAUCAAAGUUGAUUGGUAACCUUUGUGGAAGCAUACGUCCACCAACUCUCAUUUCAAGUGGCAAUGAGCUCUUAUUGAAUUUGUUUUUGAAAAAUAAUGAGAAGACACAUGGCUUCAAUGCUUCUUUUAGCUCCAGUAAGUGUGAAUACCGGCCCUUUAAAGAAAGUGUAGUACAUGUUGGGUUGUUCACAUAAUUCUGUGCUACAUAAUUCCGCGAAUUCGCAUUGAGAAAGGGCACGAAAUUAAGUGAACAACCUAAUAAGACAGGGUGGGAUAUGGUAAGGUAUGAUUGAUUUGAUUAGAAUACGGCAAAUUAGGGUAAGAUAGGGUACGGUAGGAUAUGUCAAGUUAGAGUAAGGUAGGGUAGAAUUAAGUAAGGUAGCGCAGAAUGCGGUGGAUUAAGGUACAGUAGGAUAGUUUAUGGUAGAGUAGGGUAAGAUAGGGUAGGAUCGGAUACGGUAGAAUAUGGUAAGAUACUGUAGAGUACUUUAAGGUAUUGUAGGCUAGGGUAGGGUACAAUAGGCUAGAAUAGUGCAGGGUAGAGCAAGAUAAAAAGGGUAGGGUAGGAUAAGGUAGGGCGGGGGUAAAUUAGGGUAGGGCAGAACAAAGCCUAUUUUUUUCGUAUUUUAGAAUGCGGUGGAGAGAUGUUAGUAGAAAGGACAGUAAGCUACAUCUACUCCCAUACCAACUUUGGUGACGCUACUUAUCUACCAUCUACUAAUUGUCAAUGGGAGCUUAUCAAUCCAUCAACUACAGUAAAUCAUAUAGUGCACCCUCAAGAACCAAAAGCUACAGUAACCACUGAAGAUAAAGAAAGCCAAGACACUACAGUAUCUAAAAAUGCUCAAAACCAAAAAACUACAGUAAUCCGUAUAAGUUUCAAGCACUUCACUUUAGAAGCAGAUGAGAACUGUGACUACGAUUACAUCGAAAUAUCAGAAAGAGACGAAGAUUACGGUAACUGGCAAGUAAAAACUCGUCUUUGUGGAAAAACUACAGUAAACCCAAUUUACUUGAGCAAGAAACAUGUCAUGAUAGAGUUUAUCAGUGACCGAACAUACGAAGACAAGGGUUUCAUUAUCGAGUAUCAACUGGUCGAUAUUAAUCAUGAAGACAUGGAGAAUAUAAAAGUUAAUAGUGAAGGAAGGACCAGGAACUUAGUUGUUUAUGAAUAA